AUGCAUGAUUGCAUAAAUGAUGAAACAACGACGCGAGAAUUACUCGAACAGUAUAUGGAGAAUACAACUUAUGCUGAUUUAACCGACCAUUUCAUUUAUUAUCCAAUAUUUUUACAAGCAAGAAUGAUGACAUUCAUUGAACAUUUUAAAACCGAUAAAUUUUUAAAUUUUACACUUACACGAACAGAAGCUGAUCAAGCAAAAUUAAAUCUGUUCUUACAAGAUGCCGCUCGUUAUUUGCACGAUUCAUCCACUCGUCUUCUGUAUCGGUCAUUAUUAUUUCAAAUGAAAUCGAUCUCAAGUCGUCAAUCGUGUUUGAAAGCUCUUAUUGUUGGUACCGUUUUUCUUCCUCUUACCACAAACGAAUCGUUUCUCGACGAAUUCUAUCAUUUACUCUCGUCUCGUUAUUUACUUACAUCAACAAUGAUGGACACAUUUUUUCAUGUUCUCUGGCCAACAGGCAUUAAUCAAAUUUAUUCUGUACCACGUGCCUAUUUAUCAAUGUUAGUUAUUGUUCGACUUGCAUCCAUGAAUCAAGUAAGAUCUCGAGAAUUUACACAAAAUGAACUAUAUUCAUAUUUACUCCAAAUCUGUUAUCUUAUUCAUGUUCGUGUACCAAAUAUUAACAUUAAUUUGAUGCAUUUAUUCGAACCAAUAUGUGAAUGUGAUAAAUUUAAAAAUUUAUCGGUUUUAAAAUGUUCAAUGAAUGUCAUCAUUCUUGCUUGUAAAAAUAUUGGAUAA